AUGCUUCCCACGCCGACAGCUGAAGUCUCCGCUCAACCUCCGCCUGUCUCCGACUUUCUGCCGAGCCCUCCCUCCCCUCCCAUUCACCAUCUUCGCGACUCCCCCCGGAAGCGCCUUCUCUCCUUCUCAUCAGUGAUGCAGCGCCUUCUUUCCCAAAAGAUCAUCACGUACAUCAGCGUAGACAAGAAUUGCAUGCUCGGCUUCAGCAAGAUCAGAGUGAAGCAGCCCGCAUUUCAUCAUGCCAUGAUUCGCAUGGUCAAGUCCGAUGAAAUCUGGUUCGAUGCCAACAGGAAAAGAAAACAACCAGAGACAAAGAACAACCAGGGAAGAAUCAGCAAGAAACCCCGCCGCGAGACUACCAAAGUCAAGAGCGAAACGGAGCGCAACGAAAAAGAGGACACCAAUCACGCUCAGAUCAUCUACCGCUUCCUGAACAGCCUCGGCAUACGCCCUGAGCUAAACACCCGCUACGUCUCGACCGACCAGGAGCAGAAGGCGGACGACUUCAUGUGGUCCAUGGAGUGGGUCUUCGACCCCGAGCGCUGGAAGGAGAGACGCUCUAGCAACGACUCGCCUCUACACAAGAAGUACAGGGGCAUCCAGACAGACGAUGGCGGGCAGGGCGCGGCAGAGGAAGAGCCGGCAGCGGACGGGGCUGCAGCAAAGGAUGAAAACGCCAAGGAACAGGAGGCCGCCUUUAGCUGCAUUGACAAUGGUGUUGAUGGUGCCCAAAGCAUGUUGAAUGCCAAGUGUCAGACAGACGAGCUGCGCAAGAAAGAAAGCAUAGACAAUGUAGUUCGAGAUUGCGAAAUCUUCAGAGAGAUCAGCUACCAGGAGCCUCGUCCUGUCUCGCUCUCUCGUAGCAGCAGCUUCGACCGGCGGGACGGAUCGAAGAGGGCCAGGUGCUCCUCUCUUGAGCCCAGGACUCCCAGCCCUCUCCCGGUCCACUCUCCAUGGACAGCCGAAAGCAUCUUCCGGGAGGCGUCUGUGUUCCCUACGGCAUGGGACUAG